CGGUGAACUCUACGCAAGUCAUCAGAUGUGGGGAAGCUGCGACCGCGACCAGGCAGGAUCUGGACCCUGCCCAUUCCGGCCUCAGGCAGCAAAGACUUCCACCGCGCGCUUACCAGCGGCUACUUUUUUUCUGUUCGCCGACGUGCCAGCGUGGGAUGCCCUGGGAGACGCGUUUCACCUCACGUAAUGGAAACCACCUUCUCCCGUCACCUGGACAGGCAAGGCAUUCAUAUGACCUCCUCCUCCCGCUCAUGUCUUUUCCCCCAGACCUUGCCAGACAGCGACAGCUAACCACGACAUUCCACAUCUCCGACCAUGGGUGACCCGGGCAUCUCCAACGGCAACGGCCACAGCCACAGCCACUCCUCUCUCCCCCACAAGAACGAUCCUCACGUCUACCUGGUCGAGGCGACAGAAGAAGAGAAUCUCGCACAACAAGUCGCCAACAGCUCCGAAUGGAAGGGCAUCCUCACCACCCUCGACUCCUACCUCCGUCGAGAGCACAUGCUCGCCAACCAAGACCUCACCAAAGACGGCGCACAGACAUCCUGGGUCCUCGUCUACCAACCCCCCGGCUCUCCCUCCCGACAAGUCCUCUGCGGAUGUGAGACCAUUCGCAAAAUGGCGCUGGUGGGGAGAAACGGAAAGGUUGAGGAGGAAGUGUCGCAUGCUGUCGGCAGCGUCUUCUGUCCUCCUGCCAAGAGAGGCAAGGGCUAUGCCGGACGCAUGAUCAAAGAGUUGGGCGAGAAACUCCGACACUGGCAACCGCAGAAUGGCAAGUCGCCCAUGUUCAGCACCCUCUACUCCGACAUUGGCCGCGACUUCUACGCCGCGCACGCCUGGCAUCCAUUCCCGUCCGCCCAUGUCACCCUCCCCGCCCUUUCCAGCGUUGCCGAUGGCCUUCCUCCCGUCCGCCUUUUGCAGUCUGAAGACCUCCCGGAACUCUGCGACAUUGACGAGCAGAUGACUCGCGCCCGGUUAAGCCGCGCGAAGCACACUCCGGCGGUGGCUAUCCGCCCCAACUACCCCAUUGUACAGUGGCAUCACGCCCGUGAGGAAUACAUCGGGAGGGAAGUGUUUGACCGAAUUCCGCGAAUCAAGGGCGCCGUGGUUGGCGAGGCGGGGUCACGAGUGUGGUGCUACUGGACCCAUGUGUGGACCAAUGCGCAAGAAGACGCUCCCAACACUCUUCACAUCCUCCGGCUCGUUAUCGAAGAUGAAGCCUUCUCCGAUUUUGCACCUGCCACGCCCGAGGCAGCAGCGGAGAAGAAGGGCACGCCUCUUUCCCAAGCGAUCGCGGCUCUUUUCGCCGCUGCUCAGUCCGAGGCGGCGUCAUGGGGAAUGCGAGAAGUGCUGCUGUGGAAUCCCACCUCCACGGCUCUCGCUGCCGCGCAGUUGCUCGAUGGCAAGGCUGCAGUGGAACACCGACAGAAGGAGAGCAUUGCAAGCUUACGAUGGUAUGGGGAAGGGUCUUGGGAAGAUGUCGAUUGGAUUUGUAAUGAGAAAUAUGGCUGGAGUUGAAGAGCUGAUUAGAGUAGAUGGCGAGCCGCAAGGCUGUUACAUACAGAUAUAGAUAGAGGCCUGGGCGCAUCAUCACGAUUUUCCGGCGCAAGACGGAGGUAGUCUUUUUUGCCGGAGAAGCAGGAAAUGCGUAGUUCUUCCAAACAUGACAACCGACUGUUUUGCAGCCUCCGAAUACCGUAAUGCUCUCGUGCUCAAUGGAAAAGAUGGGAGAGGCCGGAGUGAUGUCAAGACAGGCAUUGAUUGCCGCCUCCGCCGGCCGUCGGGCGUUCCGUCCGACCAUUUCUCCAUUCAGCGCGAU